UCAUUCUAACAAAAACACGCCUGCGUAAAGAAACCUAUAAAAUUUAAAACUUGUUUGGGUGUGAAAAAUGGUAGAGGAAUGUUGUGAGAAUAUUAUUAAUACCGUAAGAUUUAAUAAACAAGUAUUAUAAGUGUCAAAGGUUUAUUCAAAUAAUACUAAUUUAAGUUAUAGUUAUUAGUGUUUGUGUUACAAAGAAAUAUUUUUUGUGAGUUUUUUUUUGCUAUUUUUUGUUAACAUAACUAAGAAAUGAGUAAAGAUACGCAAAACAUGGCUUUGGACAUGAGUGGUUCCGAUAUUACAAUGGAAGUAGUUUUGAAAAACAUAUACACUUCAUGUGACCCAAAUAACCUGAACAGUGUCCCUACCUCAGAACUCAUUGAGUUUAUCAGACCCUACAUGCUGGAAGAUCUUUCAGCCUUAGAUAAUUUAAAACGCAUGUUAGAUCCUGAAAAUACAAAUAUCCCUGUACCUGGCGAAAAGUUUUAUAAUGUUAUGAAUGAAUGGACACAGAAAAUUGCUAGUCAUACUGACAAGGAUGAUGGACUAUUUAAUGAAACACCUAGUCAUAUAAGUAUACUGGAUGAAAAACUACUUCCAUACUCACAGUCAACGCCUCGUGCAAGUUUUGGACAGAAGCUUCUCAGUUGUGAAGGUCUUCUGAAUUUAUCAAAUGUAUCCAGUUACAAUCUAUCACCCACAAAGCAAGCCAAAGAAAUUAGUAUAGGAGGUCCGGAGAAAACUAUUUUAGAAGAAGAAGUAAAACAGUUGCAACAUCAGUUGAAUAAAGCAUUAAAAGAAAUUGAAGAUUUAAAGAUGCAGUUAGCUUGUACAGAAGAUCAAAAUGAUGUGCUACAAGAUAAUCUCGAGAAAUAUAAACUCAAAUUACAGAGUGAACAGCAAAUAAAUCAUUUUCAAGAAAAUAAAAAUUGUGUGGAUGACCUUAAAGAAGAAAUCAAUGUUGAGAAGAAAAGAAUUGAAGAAUUAAAUAAAAAGUUGCUCUUCUAUGAGAAAGACAACAAUCAUUUGAAUGUAUAUGUCCAGAGAUUAGAAAAAGAGAAUUCCGAGUUGGAGGAACGUUGUACAAAUCACGCCAAAAACGAACAAAACAUGAGAAAAGAACAUCUCGAUCUUAGGACUCACCUUGACUUGAAAGAACACGAAAUUACAUCACUGACCAAAAGGAAUGAUGAGCUAAGAUCGCAGUUGAAUGAUAAAAUGUCUGAAAUGGAGAAGAUGGUGAAAGAAUAUGAGUUACUGGAUUCCAAACAGCAAGGCCUGGAAAAAAUGCUCUCCAAACGCUACUCCCUUUCUUCCGACUACAACUCAUGUCUGGACGAAAUGAGCUUCCUGAUGCGAGGUAGUACAAUCCCCAUUUACUCUUCCCCCUUAAAAAAUAAAUCCUUUUCAAACAGCCCCUCCCUUCGAAAAACCGUCCUAUCCCCCAAUCCGAACAUGUUGCAACAAGUGCUCGGAAGCACUCCGAAACAGUGCAACGGUUUGGGCAUGAGGAAGGCUUUUUCUCUUAACACCAUGUCCACCACUCGUUCUUUACCUAAUAUCUUUUGUUUUGACCGUUCAACCGUAGUUCAAGAUCAAGUGAGCGACGUCGAACAUGAUUCCCAAUCAACGUCUAUUGGUGCUGUUACUUACGAAUCUUUGCAGACUGAAUUAUUUCAGGUGGAUCCCCAGUUCGACCACAGGGACAAAAAUGGAAAAGACUUCGAGUACUUUGAGGAACAAAUUUAUUUCCUCAAGGCAGAAAAUGAAGCUUUACAGAAAAGCCUCGAAAGGCUCGAAGAAGAAAAGAAAGUAAACGAUUCCCACAAGCUGAAAUCGGAUAGAGAAUCAACGGAAAAAAUAAAAUAUUUGGAAGAUAACCUACAAGAACUGAACAAAGAUUAUUCCAAGCUUAAACUAGAGUGCGAUCAAAAAGAAAACCAAUUGUCAGAACUUAGAAAUAAGUUUGAUUUCGAGGUGGUUUUCAAGAAAUUAGAAAUUGAAUAUAGCAAAAAAGUUGAAGAGGCAGAAAAACUUCAAGAGGCACUCGAAAAUGCUCAAACCAACUCAAAAAAUAUCAGAAAUUCCAAACUUGAAGAGCUCGAAAAAACUCUAGCAAAGUGUAAAAUGGAACUAUUGCAAACCAAAGACAAACUCAAACAGAGCGAAUUAGCAAAAGAAGAAGCUGCCGAUGAGAGUAUUAAAGUAAAAUUGCAAGAGUCAAGAAAUACAAUAGAGGCAAUUAAGUCGGAUUUGGAGAACAAAGUCAAACAAAUCAAUCAGCUAAAAGAUAUUAUCAAAAGUGAAGGAGAGACUAAAACUAAACUCUUGCAAGAUAAUACAGAGCUCGCAAACAGUCUAGAGCUCGUACGACAAGAUUAUAAAAGUUUGUUAUCAGAGAUGGGUAAUAAAGAAAAAGAGUUGCAUGGAGAAUGUGGGAACAUGCUUAGAAAAUACACCGAAGAAAUGUCCAAAAAUACUGAAUUAUCUAGUCAGCUAGCAAUACAAAAAGAAGAAACUUCUAAUCUUAGAAUAUUAAGCAAUAAAAUCAAUUCGAAAUAUGAAACUGCAUUAAACAAAAAUUUCAACAUGUUAAAACAACUUUCGCUCAUUAAAGAUGAAGUUAGCAGUAUUAGGAAAAGUCAAAUAACUUGUAAAAGUGAUAUUAAAAUCGAACUAAACGUAUACGAAAACUCUCUACAAUCUUUAUAUUCAAAGGUAAAAGACCUGGAAUGUGAAAAUAUCAUGCUCAAAAAAUUGCAUUCCAAGCUAUCCCAAGUUGUGGAGUACAAAGAUGGUGCAGAAUCAGACCAAGAAAAAGGUAAACAGUUCCUGGAUGUGGAUUCAUCAUCCGAAUCUAGUAUGUCAUUAAACAAUGAUAAAAGUUAUGUAGCUCUGAAACACCGUAGUUUUGAAAAGCAAAAACUAACCAUAGAACGAUUACGUGAAGAGCUUCGUAUCGAGAAAGCAAAACAUGACAUGCUUAAGGAGAGAAUGCACAGUCAAGUAGAAGCAUUAGAAAAGGACAAACAGACCUUGCAAACUGUGAUAAAUGACCUUAAAAUUGAGCUGCAAGAUCAAGGUGAACACUAUAAACAUUUAUGUGAUGCUUCCAAUAGAAAAAUUAAAGAUCUGUCUGUGAAUCUGUCGCGUUUAGAGGAGCAAUAUAGAAACACAGUGUCGAAUCUUACUGAAAAAGAAUCCCUUAUUAAACGAUAUUUCGAAGCACAAGAAUGUAAUAAAGCUGUGAUACAAAAACUAGAAAAUGAUUUUAAAAAUUGCCAAAAUAUUCAAAGCUGCCUGGCAAUUGAUCUAGCUGCCAAGGAAGCCACCAUUACCAAUAUCUCGAUCGAGAACCAAAAUCUUAAAAAGUUUGCUAAGAGUUCCGAAAACAUAAGACUAGAGCUUGCUGCCAAAGUGUCACAACAAGAAACAGCUUUAAAAACCUGCAAGGCUGAUCUUGUCAAUAAAAAUAAGGAAUUAUCGGAGUUAUCUUCGGUUCUGUUGGACAGAGAUACCAAGAUCACAAGCCUAUUACAACAAGAAUCUGAUUUGAAAACGUGCAAAGCUGAUCUUGCCAAUAAAGAUAAGGAAUUGGCAGAGUUGUCAUCGGUUCUGUUGGACAGAGAUAACAAGAUCGAACACCUGGCCGCUGCUGUCCAUGCGAAUGAGAUUAAAAUGUCUAAUGUUUUAUUGGAAAUUGCAGAAAAAAAUGAGGCUAACUUAAGGUUAGAAGAAGAACUUCAAGUUGUUAGGGAUAAUUUUGCCAAGACCGAAAGCAUGUUGGAAAAUACAUUAGUAAGUUCUGAACAAAAAUCCAAAAAUGAAUUUGAGGAACUAAAUGGAACUGCCAAAAUUGAUACCACACUGGAGACUAUUUCUAGUUUUACUGACAUUAUUGCAGACUGUUGCCAAGAUCUACAGAGGACUUUCAUGAACUUUAUCCAACAAUGGAAGAACGAAAUCGAGUCACAUCCAAGUUUUAAACUGUUGCCAUCUAUAAAGCUGUGCCAUUCUUUAGAUGUAGAAGAUAUUUUAUCCGUUUUAGUCGAUAAUAUUAAGGCAGUCGUUUUAUUACUCAACAUCAUGACUUCUAAAGCACCAAAAAAGAUGAUUGACAAGUCAGACCCACGCUUAAUAUGCCCAACGCCUCUGAAAUUCACUGAAUAUAACGAGUCAAAGCCUGUGAAGAGAUUUACGUUAAAAUCGCCGGAUGAGUUACGUCUGACUAGAUCAGCAAGUCCAGAUUCUCCGGGUAUAGAAACAGAUUCAGACAUGUAUAUGGACGAGUGCGAACCAGGAAACAUUAGUCCAGAUAGUCAAACUUUCAGAACAUGCUUCGAAGGUAUGGACCACGGAGAAAAUGCUGAUUAUUGCUGUACAUAUUCCCAGUUGCCAUUACUUAGUUUUGAAAUGCCAUUUCAAGAUGCAUUUCCCCAUCUAUCGGAUAAUAUUUUAGGAAAAUUGGGAUUACAUGAAACUAGUCCAAAGGUGAAACUUACAAAAGAAGAGACUGAAGAGAUUUUUACCGCGUUAGCCAUACAAGUUAGUUUAGAUUCGAAGGAUAUUAGGGAUCGAUUGCAAAAACAUAAAGACUUCUGUUCUAAGAAGUACAAAAAGUACCAAUAUUUACUCAAAGACAUUUCCGUACGUUUAAGAGAACACAAUUGUAUCGGAGCUAUGGAUUCUAUUAGACCAGUAUUUAUAAUGUUGGAGGAUUUGAGAUUGAUGACUAAGGAUCUAUUGCAAUCGGUAGGACAACUAGGUGUGCUGAACUGUGAACACCGCAUGACGAAAUGCUGGAAUUUGGUUACCAAUUACAUGGCCAUAAUUAAACAAGAUGCAGAUAUUUCUAAAGAUCAAUACUCGUUAAACAGAUCUCAAUUAUCAGAUGAAAUGAGCAACUCAGAUACCUCUGGAAUACAUGAAAGGCACAAGAGCAUAGACAAACGCACCAAAGAAGUUCCUUUUAGGCAGAGAAGCUGUAUGUCCAAACUAGCACACUGCAUAUCAUGGAUAUCGUUUUUCGCCCUACUUUUCAUUAUUGGAGUUGUGUAUGUUCAUUGUCGAUGUAAACUGACCACGAAGGACAAGAUCUGUCCAUUGGAUAAUUUCAUAGGAAUGGUUACCGAGAUAAUUGGCCAACCGCCGUUUUGAAUAAAUUUUUAGUUAAAUAAGUUUUUUACUUUCUUUCAUAAUUUUCUAUUUUUGUUUGGUUUUUUAAUAGUUUAAAUUAUAGUCUUUAUCUGAAGUGCCAUAACACAAAUAAAGUUAGUUUUUCUUUA